AGAUUUUCGCAGAGUGAGUUAGUCCCACUGCAGAACGCGCGGUGAGAUGCAGAAUAUUCUCAGAUGGUGCUCUGAGUGGUGCUGAAAAAAGGGAUCCAAGUGAGAAGUUGUAGAGAGCUUCCUCAAAAGGGAUUAAAAGUGUGUGCUAAAGGAUUCAGUGAUUAUCCUUAAAUCUUCCCUUAACAGUUUCUCCUUCCAUAUUCUACACAGCAUUAAAAUGUGGCAUUUAGCGGUGUUGUUCUUAACUGCAGUCAUCAACCUCUGCGUAGCUUCGCACUGGGGAUACCCAACGCCCAUGCCAAACGGAGAGAUAAUUGGUCCAGAAAAUUGGGGCGGUGCAUGUGAUACGGGCAUGAAGCAGAGUCCAGUUGAUCUCUCAUUCAAGGCUUCGGUACGAGGAAAAUUCCCAGAAUUUCACUUCGAGGAUUAUGAAGAACCAAUUGUGGGAGGAAGGGUUCUGAAUAACGGUCAUUCCAUUCAAAUUAACGUUGGAUCGUCGCCAAAUGUGGUGCUUUCCGGUGGGGGUCUGCCAAGUGAACAAUACGUCAUGGAACAAAUGCACUUUCACUGGGGAUCUGAGCACACAAUCAACGGCCGACGAUAUGCCCUGGAAUUGCACAUGGUACACUAUGAUAGUAGAUUCCCGAGCAUUCAGGAAGCUGUAGGCAAUAAGACUGGAGUUGCUGUGCUCGGGGUGCUUUUCUAUGUGUCAUCAGAGGCAAAUCCUGACCUAGAAAAUAUUCUCGAUAGUGCAAAGACAGCAAGAAAUUCUGUGGGUAUGUCUGAUGAUUUGCUUGCACCACUCUCUCCCGAUGACCUACUCCCCAGAAAGCGAAAUUCUUAUUUCCGCUAUGAGGGUUCCCUUACAACGCCAGGAUGUGGAGAGGCUGUUGAAUGGACAAUUUUCACUCAAUCUCUGCCAAUAUCCUUUGAUCAACUGGAACGCUUUAAGAGCAUUAAGACCAACAAUGGAACCAUCCUCACUCACAAUUUCCGCACAGUUCAACCCCUCAAUGCGCGUCCGUUGGUUUAUGUUGCUCCCAUUGACUACGAAAUAGAAGUUUCAUCUUCAGAUACCACAAAAUUUUCCUCAGCUCUUGCCAUCUGUAUUUUUGUAGCGUAUCUACUAGCUUAAAAUGCUUAGAAUGAAAUUCAAAUCUUUGGUGUUUCCAAUGUCCAAGCAUCACCAAUAUAGUUAAAUUCUGUUUUAGAAUAUUCUUAUAGCUCUUAGGUAAUGUCGUGCCAAAAAAAAUCCUGCAUAGAAUGGUGAUGAAAUUUUAUGUGUUGUAAAUUAUAAAGAAACCUAGUCAAGUGAAUUAAAUAUAAUAAAGUAUAUUAAAGUUAGAAA